AUGUCCUCCGCCGACAACAUCGCCAAUGUGCGCAACUACCAGAUUCAGCUGCAGCAGGUGGAGACGGCGCUGGCCGCUGAGCCGGACAACGAGGAGAUGAAGAUCCUGAAGAAGGACCUCGAGGAGGUAAUCGCCCUGACGAUGAGCGUGAUGGAGCCGGACGAGCUGGCGAUGCUGAAGAACAGCACCUUCAACUCUCAUUUAGUUGCAGGGUCCUCCGCUUCAAAUCACAACUACAAGGCCGGGGACUACGUCCUGGCGCCCUGGAGCGAAGACGGACAGUUCUACGAAGCCCAAAUCGAGGACAUCACCUCUGACGGGCAGUGUACGGUGGUGUUCAGCAAUCAGAAGCGGCGCCUCGCCGAGGUCUGCCUCGUCUCGCUGCUGAAACCGGUGGCCGGGAAGAAUCGAAGAUAUGGCGGCGGUGGUGGUGGCGGCUCUUCAACAUCAAAAGACGACGGGGAGGGAGGAGGAGGCAUGAACUCGAUGAAGAACUUCAAGGUGGCGCAAGAGGUUCGCGAGGCGCAGAAACGGAAGCAGCAGAAGCGCAAGGAAAAGCUAAAAGCUCUUGAAGAGGAACGGGAGAAGGACAAGGCCAAGUGGCAGUCCUUCGCCUCCAAAGUGAUCGGCGGCGGCGGGAAGAAGGGCUCGGGAAAGAGUAGCAGUUCGAGCAGCUUCUCCGCCCUCAAGAAGAAGAGCAUCUUUGCGACGCCCGAGUCGGUGACGGGCCGCGUCGGCGUGGGCACCUGUGGUGUCGGCGGCAAGCCGAUGACCGAGUACCAGAUGAAGAUGGAGAAGGUGAAGAAGACGGCGACGACGCUGCCCAAGUUCUCCCUGGCCGAUGGCGACCGCGACGGCGAUGAUGAUGACUACGAUG